AUGGUGAGAAACACCUUCCUCUUAUAUUCAAUUCCUCCUCUUUUCAUACCCAAAGAUACACAAGUCUUUGUAAAUGCAUGGGCUAUAGGGAGAGACCCAGAUGCUUGGGAAGAUCCCCUGUCUUUCAAGCCUGAGAGAUUUCUAGGCUCUAAUGUUGACUAUAAAGGCCAAAACUUUCAGCUACUACCAUUUGGAUCUGGAAGACGGAUUUGUGUGGGCAAUCCAUUGGCUCAUCGUGUCCUUCACCUUGCUAUAGCCUCUUUGCUUCACUGUUUCGAUUGGGAGCUUGGCAGCAAUUCUACACCAGAAACCAUAAACAUGAACGAAAGGUUGGGAAUUACAGUUAGAAAGCUUGUACCCAUGAAAGCAAUACCAAAGAAGAAGAUCUUACAAGAAUGAUAAUCAUCAGAGAUUUGACUCUGCAAAUUCAGUUGAUGUUUAAAGUUUGUUGUUUGUUCCUUUUGGUUCGUGUGUGGAGAUGAUGGUGAUGCAUGUGGUUGAAUUUGGCACUUUUACUGUCACAUUAGAAAGAUAUUUCAUAUUUUCCUGUCCUGUGAAUAAAUAUAAGUGAUGUAAUAUUGACUGAUAGUUGGUGAUUAAUAAAAAUGAUCUGUUAGGAAUUAGAUUACUCAAGUCUUAUUUUUAAAUGUUGGAGCAGGUAAUGAGCUGUU